CCUCAACCCGUCAUUCGCAGCAAAAAUGUCUGGAAAAUUCGAGCCCAAAGUCCCCGUCCAGCUGGACCCUCCCAGGAGCGAUCCCAUUUCUCUCGAAGCCCUGGCCGCCGCCAACGGCGUCGAUGGAGCAAAGACCUACGUUGCAAUCAAAGGCAAAGUCUACGAUGUGACUGGCAACAAGGCGUACCAGCCUGGCGGCUCAUACCACGCCUUCGCCGGCAAAGACGCCUCUAGAGCACUGGGCAAGACAUCCACCAAGCCGGAAGACGUACAGGCAGUCUGGCAGGAUCUCAGCGAUAAGGAAAAGGGGACUCUCGAGGACUGGGUAACGUUCUUCUCUAAGCGAUACAAUGUGGUGGGAGUUGUUGAGGGGGCCACCAACUUGUAAAAAGCAUAGAGUUGGACCCGUGGAUAUAGAUAGAUGCGAGGCGUGGGUGAUUGGUACAACCAACUAUCAUGUACUGAGCGGAAAUGCUUUUGUGUGCGCCUAAAGGUAGUCAUGGCAAAUAUUCUCAUCAUUCAGUCGAAUUUAAUCUG